UUAGCUGCAGCUUUCUAGGUUAUUUUUUAGGUGUUUGUUCAUUUUCAAGUUCUGUAAUUCACGCAGACAAAUAAGAUUACAUACAAGUGUUUUGUUUUGUACAAAAAAUAAGCUCAAAUAACAAUGCGAUUUUUAAUAAAUCAAGGUGGUUGUGGUAGUGAGCGUGUAGGCUGCUUGAUUGGAUUUGUGAAGUCUCCUAAUGCGGUCUUAGAAACACCGACAUCCGCUCUUUUAACACAGAGUGCAAGUGUAGUAAAUUUGACAGCAGAAGUGCUAGAUAAGGUAUUUUCAAAGCCCAAGCUGCUGUGGGUGCCACUAUCCAAGUCCAUCCACCUGGAAACAGGACUGAAGGCUCAAGGACAGGGUGUGGCGAAGUUUGCUGGUGUAGCGAAUCACUUAACUUGUGUAACCUUGCAUAAUGUCUGUGAAGCCACUCCCUCUGGACAUUUUGAACCAGACAAGGUUCCAUUGUGGUCCAAGAAUGGAAAGAAAAUGAUUACUGCUGACAAAUAUAUGGAUCUAAUGGCAAUUUUCAAACCAGACAUAAUUUUGGCGAUUGCAGAUGGUCAUGUGCGCCUUGAUGAGGGCCACAAAAGAGUGAAUAAGUCAUUGAAUAGGACUUGUAAAAUGUUGGACAUCUGUGUGGAUCGAUAUAAGGCCUCAAAGGAAUUUCGAUAUAGUGCCCUCAUAGGUGUAUUAGUUGGUCCAAACAUAGAGAAGAGCUGUGACGAGUCCAUAAAACAUGUUCUGAGUCACAGGGAUAGUAUAUGUGGUGUAGCUUUACAAGGUUUGGCCGAUGGUACAGCUGAAAGCUUAACAGUUCCUAUUAACAAGCUAGAAUCAAUUUUGAAGAGAGUUAGUGAUGCAUUACCUAAAGAUUUGCUUCGUAUAAUAGAAGGUUGCUGGAACCCAACUGUCAUAAUGACAGCAAUCCAACACGGCUGGGAUGUCUUUGACGGUUCGUACCCGCUCAAACUGACAAAUUGUGGCCAGGCGUUAGUUUUAAAUUUCGAUAUUAGUCGAAAUAGUGAAGAAUUGUGUAUAUUAGAUCUCAAUAUUGAAAGGUAUAAAGAAGACUUUCGCCCUGUGCUUUUGGACUGUGAUUGUUUAACUUGUAAGAAACACACAAGGGCUUACAUUCGACAUCUUCUUAACACUAAGGAAAUGUUAUCAUCAGUAUUACUUAGCAUACAUAACCUCCAUCACUUCGACCGAAUGUUCCAUCACGCGAGGCUCCAUAUAGCUUCAAAUACAUUCGGAGACUUCAAGCGGCAUAUCGUCGACCAAUACGAGAAGUAUAAAAACAGCCAACCAAUAAGCGAGGAGAAUGAAGAGAUUGAGACACAGAAUAAGAAGAUUCGCGUAAAUGACGUAUUAUAGUUUGUAGAUGUUGAUUGUAGACGUUGUGAUUUAGUUGUCUAAUACGGGUAUUAACCGCGCACGUACCUUUUUUACUUCAGACGUGUAAGAUUAGUUGUGAUGUAGUUUAGUUUGGUUAAUAUCGAAUGAGUUCGUGACAGUUUCAAUAAUGAUAGGUAAAUACUGUCAUACACCUGUGAAUUCCAAUAGUUAAAAUCCGUGUUGUUCUCAAGUUUAACGUUUUGGUGAAUGAUACAGCCGUAACACAAGAAAAUGAGAAGGGAAAUUAUGAAAUGGAGCAGUGACAGCUUUUGUUUUUCAUAUUUGAUUGAUGUUAGUAAUAUCUUGAUAUUUUUGACGUAUUUCGAUAAAACUACACGUGGUCAGAAAAUUCUGUUAAAACACAUGAUAUAUAGUCUAUGCAUAUUACGCUACCAUAAAUAUAUGGUGAGUGGUUUAAUAUUUCACAAAAAAAAUGUCGUUGCUUUUAUAGCAGAACGGUAUUUAGCAUAAUAAGAACCCAUUCGAUAUUACAGUAGAAACUUAAUUUAAGUUACAAAUAUCGAUCCUGUUAGUCUGGACUUACACUAGUAUGCUUAAAACAGGUUAAAUUGUUUGAUUUAACAUAUUUUAUGUAUAUAUCACCACAAGUGGCAUGAAGAGUGCCCAGUGGAGGCACGGAUGUGGUACUACAUCACACAUAUAAUGGCGAAAAAUUUGUGAGUAUCUUUGUCAUUACUUCACGCUCAAAUGGCUGGGACAAUUUUUGAGAAAAUUGAUACCUUGGAUAUACAUGCGAUUGUGGUAGAUGGCGUUAGUGUGCAUAAACAUUUUAGUAUCUUUUUUAAUAUUAACUAGAUAGGUAACACCUCGGGGUGCUACUAGUACUGAUAAUACAAAAUAUAUGUAACUUAUCAAAUCUUAACCUCGGCCGUUGCACAGCCACAGGUAAUAAUAUUUAGCGUCAUUUAUGCGUGUAUAAAUCUAAAUUGUCACAAUAACAGUGAAAACUGCAUUGAAAUCCGUUAUCUGGUUUGAAAGAAGAAAGCUUAGAAACAGACAUACGCGGAGGGUGCCUUUGUUUUAUACUAUAUAAAUUUUCAGCUGUCUGUCUUGUCAGUCAGUUCAUAAAAUAUUCUACCUCAAAUAUUUAAAAAAUAUACUUUAAUUAUGUGUAUGGUAUAGUGUAAUCUUUGAAGUAAGUACGCUUUUGUACUUAAACAACCUAGAUCGUUCUCCAAAAAUCGGCAAAACAAUUUGUUAGAUACUCUUUAACGACUAUAGCUAUUAAUUAAAUUGUUAAAAACUAUUUGUUUACUAAAAACAAUGUGAUGUAUUAAAUAUACCAGACUAAUUCUAGAAACGGAAAUAACAUUAGGAUUAAUCGAUUGGGCAUUUUUACAUUAAGAUUAAAUAUGAUUGGGGAAAUUCAUGACGAUGACGUCAAUGCAUUAAUGAUAGUGUGGAGAGAAUAGCGGGCUCGCUAUUGGACGAAAAUGAUUGUUUCACAUUCACUAAUGAAAAAUCCCUCUUAACUUUUAUUUGGAAAUUUUUUGACAACGUAAUUUAUUAUUGUAAUUUAUAAAUAACAAGCAUAAUAUUUUUAUGUUUUAAACAAACUUUUUAUUGAGCCUUUAAAUUAUUAACUAAAUAAAAUUUAGCAAUGUUUAAACAUUUUUAUUUAUAUUAUGUGUAUGGUUACACUUACUACUUCGACUUGAUCUUGGAAUUUCUUUUGCAUUUUUAAUAGACCGUCCCGUAGAUUAUUAUAAGAAUAGAGUUUAAUUAAUUUAAGUAAUGUGGCUGUUGAAUGAUGCGUACUUAAAAUUAGCGUCGCCGAACUAUCAAUAGUUUUAAACGAAAAAAGCCAUGCUAUCAAAACUCAUACUAUCGAUCGCUAUUUUGGAGCAAUUCUGUUGUAAAUUACAAUACUAUCGAUAGCAUCAAACAGUGAUGACGAUUAUCGAUACUAUUGCUCUUCAACAAACGGUGCACAACAGUUAACAAUUUUUAUUACAUGAAAAUAAUUCACUUUUCAUGUAAUUUAUAUGUAUAUUUGAAAAAAAAUAACGACAUAAAGGUCCUAUCGAUGCUAUCGAUAUUAUUGUUUUUACUCAAACUAUGAAUAGUCUAUCAAAACGCUAUCGAUAGUUGACUAUCGAGCGGCAACGCUUAAUAGGUGUUAUCUUUGUAAAUGUUGCGGUGUGGACCAUGUUCUACUAUGUUAGAAAAAUAAAGUGAAUUGCUUGUUCAUCAGGUCAUGACGUAGUCGACAAGUAUUUUAAUAACUAAAUACAAUAAUUGUCAAUUUAAUUGAUCAUUUUUUAAAAUUACGUAAUUUAUUAUUUUUUAUUCUCAUUAAAGUAUAUUUGGAAUGCAUUGUGAUUCGGUGACGGCGUGACACAUCACCAUCAUGUCAUACAAGCUCCAUAUAUUUUUUGUUUAGUUGGAAAGUACCCAAUGUAUAAAUACACAGGAUUGGUAUCCUGUAAUUUUUUUGAAACGUUCGAGUUUUUUCAUGUCGAAAUUUAUACAAAAGUUGCACCUGCAAUGUUUCCAUGGAAAGAUAUAAUUAUAAAUAUUUUCUUUUA